ACGGAAAGAAAUGGUGACAUCAUUGAAACGUUGUACUUAACUUCUUCACGGCAACAUCCUCACUUCAAAUUCUUAUCUUCGAUAAUAAUUCGAGGCAAAGGAUCGUCAAGAUGGUUCUGGUAGAUAAUUGGAUGCCUCCAUCGAGGGAAAAUUGGGAAUUGAUUGUUUGGGGGUUUCAAUGGUUUCCUCUGGUUUGUAAUAUCUGCUCUUCAACCUCCUUCCUCUCCACCCCAAAAGGCUCACAUUCCUCGUACCUCUACUAUUCCCAGAAUCUCCAUCCAUGCCUCAAACCUCACAGUCCACACAGAGUAUAGCGGUACUAAUUCUCCUCCAAAUAGUUUACAAUCUUUCAAUGGAUCCAACCAUGGUACGGAGCAGGCAAGACUUCAUCAAAUAGUCGAUUCAAUAUACCAGGGAAAAUAGCUUGGAUUACAAUGGAAAUGCCGGGAUUGUUGACCAUGCUUUAUGUUAUGUAUACAUUGCCUAAUGAGGUAGGAUUGAAGGAGUUGCCUUGGGAGAAUAAAUUAAUGGCUGGGCUUUAUGUGAGUUUUCUUUCUUAUUCUGGGAAAGGUGGAGUGACUGAAGUGGUUGGAGGGGUCGGAGAGGCUGUAGGGCUAGAGAAUGUGUUGGUAGAGGAAAAUGUAUCAACGUGUCAAAUCAUUGCCUAGACUGGCUGUUAUAUUCGUUUGGGAGCAGCCGAUGUGCGCGGUUUGAGACUGGCUAUGAUUGGUGGUAGAUGGAGAAACAAGUUUGUUUAAAGGACUCAAUUGAGUUUGAGCUAACUUAUUUCAAAAUCUAGAUCAUACAUUACCUUAAUCGUGCUAUUAUAGCACCUCUUAUUUCUCCUUCUAUGUCACCGAUUCAUGUUAUUGUUUGGCUUGCGGCAAUUGCCUUUCAGAUCACCAAUGCUACAUCUUUGGGGUGCUACUUUGCUGGUUAUGGUCCUGUUACAAGAGCUGAUUGGUAAUAUAUCUCUUUACCCGCUCUCAUCCUGUUCUUAACACGACGAGAUAUAUACGCGUGGAAUACAUGUGGCAUUCCGAUUCUCACAGCUGCUAACCUGUUUACUUAUAGGAAACCUGUAUCAGGAAAUCCAUACGUAAAUGGAGCAAGAAUUGAAUUAGGCAUGAUGAUAUUCUUUCUCGGUCUCAUAUCCAAUAUAUUUCAUGACGACGAACUACGAGAAAUUAGACGUGCCGCACUUCGAAAACAAGCAACACAAAAUGAUUCUUCAACUGGGAAGAAUAAAGGAAACAAAACAGUCGACAAAGUAUACAUGAUACCCCAAAACGGACUUUUCAAUUAUAUACUAUACCCUCAUUAUUUUUGCGAAUGGAUCGAAUGGGCUGGAUUCUUCAUAAUGGCUGGAAGUGAUUGCGUGCCUGCAAGAAAUUUUCUUAUAAAUGAGGUGGCUACUAUGUUACCAAGAGCUUUACAAGGGAAAGCAUGGUAUGUAAAGAGGUUUGGUAAAGAGAAGGUUGGGGGCAGGAAAGCAAUAUUGCCGGGGAUUUUGUGAGUCAAGAUUCGCCAUAAGGAUUAUUUGUUGGGAUGAGAUUCUUGGGAAGUUCUACAGAGAUUAUAAACAUAUUCUAGAGAGAUUCUAGAUGAAUUUACUUUAAUUCCUAAUUCUAUUUCUAUAUUUCUUAGGAUACUAUCUGGGAAAGAGACGGGAAGAGAGAGGCGAGUAAGAUGAAUGUGGAAAGGAGAUCUUGAUUAAGACAAGAAUAGUAACUAAGAAUUGAGAACUGACCAUGUAUAGAUAGACUAGAAGGAUAAGCAGCAUAAGUAUAUACAUUAAGUUAUAUCAUCCAGUUGAUAUAUCUCACGAUAGC